AUGCCCAAAAUCAUUCUCUCUAUAAAUGCUGGCUCGUCGUCCGUUAAGGUCUCGGUCUAUGCUACAAACGGCAAGGCCGAGGAUCCUACCGAACUCGCCGAAGCCUCCAUCUCCGGCUUGACUGCACCACCUGCAAAACUCAAGUACAAGCGUGGCGACUACAGCAUCAAGGACAAAGAACUUGAAGACAUUGACUACCAGGAGGGUGCCUUCAGGUAUAUCAUCAGCCAGUUGCUGGAAGACGAAGGUCUCCCAGAGCUGGGCCAUAAGGAUGACAUUAGCUUUGCGUGCCAUCGUGUCGUCCAUGGCGGAGAUUAUCCUCACGCUCAGGUCAUUGACGUAGACACCUACCACCACAUCGAAACACUCUCGGACUUGGCCCCACUUCACAAUGCCGGUGCCCUUACUAUCGUUCGUGCCGUAAGCAAGGAGCUCCCCAACACCACCAACAUAGCCUACUUUGACUCUUCCUUCCACACCACCAUCCCCGAGCACGUCCGCACCUACCCCAUCGACCAAAAGAUAGCCAGCCACAACAAGCUCCGCAAAUACGGCUUCCACGGGAUCUCAUACGCGUUCAUCGUCAAAGCCGUAGCGCAGCACCUAGGCAAGCCGCUAGACGCCCUCAACAUCAUCGCGCUGCACCUGGGCUCUGGCGCAUCGGCGUGUGUCAUUAAGAACGGCCAAUCCUGGGACACGACGAUGGGGCUGACGCCGCUGGCAGGGCUGCCCGGCGCGACGCGCAGCGGCAGCAUCGACCCGUCGCUCGUGUUCCACUACACGCACGAGGCGGGCAUGCCGUCGCGCAGCAGCACCAAGGAAAUGCACAUUACGCAGGCGGAAGAGAUCCUGAACAAGCAGUCGGGCUGGUCCGCGCUGGCAGGGACGACGGACUUUGGCCAGAUCUCGGCGUCCGAUGACCCGCGGUGCAAGCUUGCGUUUGAGAUCUUCGCUGACCGUAUUCUCGGCUACGUCGGGAGCUACUACCUCAAGCUGGAGGGCGAGGUCGACGCGCUCGUCUUUGCUGGCGGCAUCGGCGAGAAGGGCGCCAGGCUGCGCGAGCGCGUCGUCGCUGGUGCCAAGUGUCUGGGGUUUGAGAUCGACCGCGAGAGGAACGAGAAGGCGGGGGAGGCGGAGGCUAAGGUCACUGAUGUCGGCGCUGAGGCCUCGAAGCACAGAGUCUUGGUUUGUCGCACGGAUGAGCAGCUGGAGAUGGCCAGGGGCUGUGUGGCCGAGGCGGAUACGUUUCUGAGUAAGAGCGCGGAGGCGCAGUCGUGA